AUGGUACGUGCCGAGGAGGACCUCGUCGGAAGGACCUACUAUCGGCGCCCCAAUGCGGAAAGCUCGGCCGAUGUCUUUGACAGAGUCAAGCAGUUCUGGGACAAGCUCUUCGGGGAGAAUGGCAAUGGCCUUCUAGCCGGCGACAGCCGUACAUACGACAUGUGCCUGGUGGUAACGCACGGGCUUACAAUCCGACUGAUGCUUAUGUGCCUCUUCAACUGGUCCGUCGCAACCUUCGAAUCUGUUUGGAAUCUCAGCUACUGUGAGCAUGUGACGCUGAAGAAGAGUCUGAACCGCACUUCUCGAGAGAGCUCAGGGUACGAGUUCUGCACGGAGGAGUCUUUCCCGGCCCGCCUGCCCUGGGCCACGCGGAAGGUGUGGGUGGUUCU